CCCGGCAGCGACCGCGUCCGCACGGCCACCUGAGCAGCAGCCGCGAGCUGCGUCCCGCCCGCCUCGCUCGCUCGCGGCCCGGGGCGGCGCGGACAUGGGCGCCAAGCAGAGCGGCCCCGCCGCCAACGGCCGCACCCGCGCCUACUCGGGCUCGGACCUGCCCUCCGGGAGUGGCGGCGGCGGCGGCGGCGGGGCGGACGGCGCUCGGGCGGCCCGGUUCGCGGCCCCGGUGCCCGGCGCGCAGCAGCCCAGAGCCUCGGCCAGCGCGGCGGCGGCGGCGGCGGUGGCGGCCGCCUCGGCCCCGGCGGCGCCCCGCAGCCGCUCGCUCGGCGGGGCGGUGGGCAGCGCGGCGAGCGGCCGCGCGGCGCAGUCGGCCUUCAGCAUCCCCAGCGGCGGCGGCGGCCCGUACGGCUCGCAGGACUCGGUGCACAGCAGCCCGGAGGACGGCGGAGGCGCCAGGGACCGGGACCGGCCGGCGGGCGGGGGCCCCGGCGGGCCGCGCCUGGUGAUCGGCUCGCUCCCUGCCCACCUCUCCCCGCACUUGUUUGGAGGAUUUAAAUGCCCGGUGUGCUCAAAAUUUGUACCCUCAGAUGAAAUGGAUUUGCAUCUUGUGAUGUGUUUAACAAAGCCAAGAAUAACCUAUAAUGAGGACGUGCUGAGUAAAGACGCAGGGGAAUGUGCAAUAUGCCUUGAAGAACUGCAGCAGGGAGACACCAUAGCACGGCUACCUUGCCUGUGUAUAUAUCAUAAAGGCUGCAUAGAUGAAUGGUUUGAAGUAAAUAGAUCUUGUCCAGAGCACCCUUCAGAUUAAGCGCAUCAGAUUCCUGUGUUAUGGGUUUUCUUGUCUUUCCAAGAUGCUUGAGAAAUCUAGAAGAUUUGAAGAUCGGACUCUGGAAAAAAAUGAGAACUGCAGGCUUAUUCAGCCAGGAUCUGAGUUCUGUGACACACGGUUGUCCAGAAAAGGACAAGAAGCACAGAACUCAGUGUACCAAACUUGCAUAUAAGGGACACACAGGGAUUUUGAAAAUGCUGCACAUCCUGGACUAGUCACUGCAUAGAUGACACUGAUAAACAUUUUGUAUUCAGACGCCAAAGUUAACUAAUUGCAAAGUUGAUUUACUUUUUAUUAAGUUCUGUAGAGCUGCUGUUUUAAUGUAUUUGGGGUUUUUUUGGUGUGUUUUUUUUUUUUUUUUUUUUAAGUUUGGGGACUUUUCAUUUUCCCCAACAUAAUGUUUCUACAUUUACCUAUUCUUACCUUGAAAACCACACAAUUUAGUUCUUACAAACUCUUCAGUGUGAAACCAAGAAAUGUAAUCAAAGCAGUGUAAUAUUCUGUGAAUGGAGAGUAUAAUCUCAAGUUCUUCCAUUUCCCCCCCAUGUAUGAAAAAUAGGUUUCUGGGUAGGAGAGCUAAAAUAUGUUAGUAGUUUGAAUUAAAGGUUUAAUAUUAUAAAAAUGCCAUCCAAAGAGUAAAUCAAGUUACAUAAUUACAUUUGGUUAAUUAAAUGUAGAACAGUCUACUGAACUGCAGUUUCUGAAAUACAUUGUUUCUUCUGAAAUAAAACUGUGCAAUAGCUUGUUAGCAGUGACCAUCUUGCAGCUAUGCAACUUUGAAAAGUCCAGAUUUGCAGGUCUCAGUGCUGGGGCCGAAGUGACUCUGUCCUAACAGGUAUUUUGUUCCUUUCAUGUAAUUACUUCAUUGUGCUUUGCAUUUCCAGGCAGUUUUCCCAUGUUUGGGUAAAAUGUUUAGCAAGUUGUAAACUUAAUACCUUAUGAAAAGGGUGAAAUAAACACUUCUGCAGUGGGACUUGGAGUAAUUUGAGGGACAUUUUAUAUACUUUUAAAAAUCAGAAUUUAAUUGGGAUGCCAGAUUUCUAGCAACUUGUAUCUUUAGUUUUCCAGAUAAUCUGGAAGUUAGCAUUUGAUAAAUGAUUUUUUAAGCAAAUAUAAAAAUUUUGUUAAUUUAUAAUUUAUUAAUGUGUUGUUACUGUAAUUGAAAAUGUUGUGGAUACUUUUAAAUUCAGUCUUUGUAGAAAGAACUGUAAUAAGCAAAAUUAUGUGAAUAAAUACUCCCCCAAAAUACAUCUGAUGGUUAAGAAUACUGGAAGAGAACUGUCAGGGCUCCAACAGUGAAUGUCUUCUUAAAUAAGUAUGAAAAUACCAAUAAGUAGAUUUCACAUUUGGUUUCCUAGGGAGGGUGUUGCUUCUCUGGUCUAGUCGGCUGCACAGCCCUGUGUCCUGAGCUGCUGCCCUGAGGUGUUGAAGUGUGUGCUUCUCCGAUGCUGCUACUCUCACACUCUGAUUUGUUCCCCAGCCCUGUGGCUCCUGCUCCCUCCUGUAGAGAAGGGCGGAUACAGGAGCACUGCUGCUGUGGCGGGGUGGGCUGGGGGUUGUCCUGCCAUGAAAAGAGCUUGCACUGCUUUCCUGUGGUCGUAAGCUAGAUAGUGCUUCCCUUCAGAGACUGUGCUGCGGAUUGCCUGUUCUGGUCAGUGGCCAGACAGCGUGUAACAGUUUGCAGCACAGCUCUGUAGGGGCUUCUUUUCAGCCAGUUGUAGGAAGUUCUCUUCCUUCAAGAGAAAUAUUUUUCCUUAAUUUCUUUUCUGUUAAUAUACAAUCUGAAUCCACUUUUGUCCCAGGAAGAGCUCUUAGAAUGUGAACAAUCACUUUGCUUUCUACUGUUGGUGUAUUGCAUGGUAAGAGUUACUUCUGCUGUCUUCCCUUCUUGGAGAGCAGCUGUGGUAGCUAAUGUUUAGACUCCACUGGACGGUGACCUGCUUUUCGCCAAGCUCAGCUUCUUGGAGUCUCAGCCCAAGUUUGCCCUUCGCACACACUGUCCUCCAGCAGUCUUCAUGGCUUCUGUGGGGAUGGGGAGCUCAGUGCUGCAAUGGCCAGGCCGUGGGCGCAGACUGUGCUUGUCUGGACAGGAUUUACUGAAGCCUACUCAGAUAGCUUGUUGGGGUUUUUGUUGUUGUUUUGGUCAAAUUUUAUAAAGUUGGUGUUUUUACUUUAAAUUCUGUCUGCGAUAAUUUCCUAAAAAGAAUAAUUAGAAAUAGAAGAAAAGAGAAGAGCGCAGAUGUUCGAUAAAUGAUACUUUCUGUAGCAUUGCUUACAAUAUUAGUCUGUAUGCAGACAUGAAUAGCAUCAGCCAUAAAAUGAUAGACUAUUCAGCUGAAACUACUGACAAUAAAUAUUACGGAGGUGGAAUAAAAAUUGAAAGCCUCCGUUAUCCAGCUGGUCAUAACCUUCUAGAAUCUUUGUAAAUACUCUUCAAAUAAGGUCCCACGUGUGUAGAGAAUGAAAUACAUGCUUGGAUUUCUCUAGUGCCACUCUGUCCAUAGUAAAUUUAUUGCCAAUUUUUAAUUCUACUUUAAUCUGUUUUUUUUUAAUUCCCUCUUUGCCAGUAUAUUUAAGAGAAACACUAUUCUCUUUAUAAAAUUAUUCUCUUUCUUAGGCUCCUCUCUAGAGAAAUAGAUGUAAUGUAUUUCAAACCUAGUUAUAAAUCAGACUGUAAGAUUGUUAUAUAAGCAGUGGUUUUACCUGACUUUUGUGUAUGUGAUAGCAGAAACCACAGUGGAAAAGUCCUAUUGACUGUUGGAGAAUAUAGGUUUGGGCUUUCCAGUACAAGUCUUCUGUAUCUUAAAUGUUACAUGAUUAUUUCAGUUUCCAUUUAGAUACUAGAAUGCAGCCUAGAUCAACCAACGACCAUCCUUAGCAUAUCUGCAGUGUGCACAGAAGUUUUUUUUUUUUUUUUUCCCACCUCAGUGAGUUGCCACAAAUGGUGGACUCCUUUCCAGAGCACAUUCUACACUGUGUUUCUAAGUCCGGGUAUGGUGAGGUUUCAGAGUACUCAUUUCCCACUGGACAUGGUGACUCAUACCAAUGCUCAGGAAACUGAGGCAGGAGGAUUGACAAACAGGUCCAGGCUAGCCUAGGCUACAAAGUGAGUUCUAGACUAGACUAUCUUCAAAAAAAAAAAGAAUACUUUUAAUAUGUUAUAGCAAGACAUAGGCAUAUUCCUUUUAGUGAAAAUGAUUAUGGAUUCAGUGUAAAUAGUACCUGCUUUUUUGUAGUAUUGACUUGAGUGAAAUAAGGGGAUUUUCCCAGCAGUAAGCUAAAGGUGAGCAAAGUGUGAAACUUAAAAUUCAGGGAUGGUUGCGUUCAUUUGCCACUGACGACAGCCUCACUGUGUGUUAACCAUGUGAUCCAGACACAACCUUCUUCUUCACAGAGGAGGUUCCCCUCUAAACCAGAUCAUCAGGAACAUAGAGUGACUUAGAGGCAAGUGGUGCUGUUGUCACAAGCGCCAUUAGCUGGUUGUGGGGCUCUGGUGCAUUCAGCCAUUUUUCUGUGGGUUUGGGGUAAACAGAUAUUGAGAAAUAAAACGUGAAAUGCCCCUUUGUUACUCACUAUACAGAUAUUUUAACUUGACUUUAGAAAUUGUAGCAUGUCAGUACUUUGAAGUCCAUUCUCCUAUUUUUUUUCUAAAGUGUGUAACUUGUAAUAUUUUUGUAGCCGUGUGAUACAGCUGUAGUUACCUUACCUGUUUCACUCUCUGCUCUUUCUCCCUUCCACAUCUCCUCCGAGUCUGAGUGGCUGCUUCUUGGUGUUCUGAUAGUGAUUCACAUUCUGAAAUCAUCCACAAAACAUUUCUGGUGAUAAUACUUUAUGGUAUUAUCUGGUGCCCAACUAAUACUUUAUGCCGUGUUCUGUAAAUGCUGUGCUUAAGCUAGAAAACACUUUUUUUUUUUUUUUUUUUUAAUCAGAAUUCUGUCUUGGAUGGAAAAUUCCUGAUAUUCUAAGUCUGUUGACUUUCCGUGGGGAAAAAAAAAAAUGCCCUUGAACACCAGAAAUCUUACCAUUUAGUUUCAGUUUAACAUGCACUGUCACUGUCCUCACAGGAUAUUCAAACUAUUCAUGAGUUUUGACCAGUGGCUGAUCAUAAGGAAGAUUUUUUUUUUUUUCUGUUUUUUUUGUUUAUAGAGAAGCAAAGAACAGUGUGGCACAAUUAAUUAAAAAAUGUGAUACUGUAGCAUUUAUUAAUAAUGUAUGUGUUUCUUAGUUCUGCCCCUGGGCCACAAGGAUCUCAAGAUUGGACAUGAGAAAUAACAGUUCUCUUAGGACUGACUGCCCAUGCCUGCCGUUUCUGAUGUUGGAGUUGACUUGCACUGAUGAAGCUGAACAACUACACCUGAGUUUGUUAGCAGUAACUGCUACCAGAAAUGUUUCCUCUGUCAGCCAAGCUUGUGCAUAUAUGAUAUCCCAGCACCCGACAUGUUGAGGCAGAGCAGAAGAUCACAAGUUUGAAGCCAGCCUGGGCUACACCGUGAGUUUGAGACCAGUCUGAACUACAAAGUGAGAGCUUGUCUCAAAGUUUGACUGAGGUCAUGUUAGUGUUUGGGUGUGUAUAGUAUGGUUAAGACAUUCUGGUCUAGGAAGAAACAACAUGAACACUGGACUUGAUGGCACUGAUUAACAGUUUGUUGCAUUUCUUUGCAGAUGACUUGUUAUGUGGAUUUCUUUGCUUGAAAAUCACAAUAUUUACCUCUUGAUUUAUUUGUGGUUUCCACAACUCUUCUAUAAUACCUCUCAGUUUCCUCUAUUAGAAAGUAUUUUGUUCUUGUUAAACAAGGCCCUGAAGGCAUUGAUUAUAAGAAAUAAGAGAAACUGUAUUAGGAACAACCUGUAUUAGUAUGUUCUAAACAGAAACCGAACAAUUCAUUGAUAUUUUAAUAAAUAAAAUUUCCAAAUGAUCUCAUUAAA